AGCUGAUGUAGCUGGCGGACGCGCGGAUGGAGGUGGCUGCGCAGUAGUUACCGCAGCACCAAGUGCUCCAUACCCCCACCACCAUGUCCCUGCAGCGCUCCGCUCCCUCCUCUUGGCUGACGGCGGCUCCCGACAGGCCGAUGCAGGCUGCCGUGCCUCCCUCAGUGGAGCUGGGCUUGACCGUGGUCUACACCGCUCUCUACUCCCUGCUCUUCCUCUUCGUGUACCUGCAGCUCUGGCUGGUCCUGCACUACAAGCACAAGCGCUUCAGUUACCAGACUGUGUUUCUGUUUCUCUGUUUGCUAUGGGCCGGCUUGAGGACUACCCUGUUUUCGUUUUACUUUAAAAAUUGUGUCCAAGCCAAUCAACUGGAGCCUUUGCCUUACUGGCUGCUGUAUUGUUUCCCUGUAUGUUUGCAGUUCUUCACCUUGUGUCUGCUAAAUCUUUAUUUUGCACAGGUUAUUUUCAAAGCAAAAGCCAAAUAUUCUCCUGAACUUAAUAAAUACAAGAUUCCAUUAAGACUCGGGUUCUUGUUCGUUAGUGUUCUAUUUCUGGUGGUGAACUUCACGUGUGCCGUGAUCGUCCAAGGAAAUGUGCCAGAAAACCAGCUGAAAUGGACUGUGUUUGCUCGAGUGCUUAUCAAUGACAGCCUUUUUGUGCUUUGUGCCAUUUCGUUAGCAGUGUGCAUCUUCAAGAUUGCAAAAAUGUCAUCUGCAAACGUUUACCUUGAAUCAAAGGGAACAUCGGUUUGUCAGGCCAUGAUUGUGGGUGCUGCUGUGAUCCUGCUUUACAUCUCCAGAGCUUCCUAUAACUUGGUUGUAGUUUUCAUGGCCCCGGAGAAUAGACCCAGUUCAUUCAACUAUGGCUGGUACAAUGUCUCUGAUCAGGCGGAUGUUGAAAAAGUCAGUGACCAAGCAUAUGUGGCAUUUGGAAUCAUUCUUUUCCUUUGGGAGCUCUUACCGACAAGUUUGGUGGUGUUUUUUUUCAGAGUGCAGAGACCAAAUCAAAAUCUGGGUUCAGGUGGAAUGAUCAACAGUCACAGUUUCAGUUCCAGAGCAUAUUUUUUCGAUAAUCCCAGGCGGUAUGACAGUGACGAUGAUUUAAGUAGGAGUGGUGGCUCCAGAGGAGAUCGAGGAAGCAUCCUGUCCACAACACCACAAGGUCCUGGUUGGUAUGGAACAAUCCAUAGGAAUAGCAAUUACAAUGUAGUUUCCCAUUUGCUGAACGGACCUCCAACAGCUACAGCACCACUACUCUUCGCAUAUGGCAACAUCCAAAACAAUCAUCACCACAACUAUUAUUCAACGCCACAAAACUGUUACUCGACACCCCAGAACUAGUGGUAAUCUGCAAUUGCAGUUUUGUGGAAAUGUUUACACGUCAGUUUGCAUUAGGACUGACCUCUUAUCUCAAUGUGAAAGAAUUGUUGACAACAUUCAGUAUCAGGCACUGAAAGAAAGAAAGAAAAGGCAUCUUUUGAAACUUCAGAACUGCGUCAGUGACUGUCAGAAGCAUUAAACAAAAAUGUCCGGCACCAUUACAGCUUGCUUUGACUGUAGUAGGUUGGACUACAUAUUGCACUUUUUAACCUGCACUUGUAAUCUAAACAGAAUUUUGGAAUGAUAUCAUCAUGCCAUUAUCAAUAUACUAUAUUCUUUGUUGAGAGAACAUUUUAUGUGAUUAAUCUGGGCCAGGCAGAGGCAAUUAUUUUCAAAUUGAGUUGCUCAUUAUCAAAUUUGUGUUUUAAUGAAUGCUUAAAGCGAGAGUUGAUUUCCAAACCUGCCAUUUUAAGAUAACCAAAAGAGGCGGUUUUAAAUGCACUAAUGCUGUAAUGCAUAUAUGUACGAUAUUCUUCUUGCCAUUUUCAUUUUGUCUUGUAUCCUUCUGGUCACGACAAUACAAUAUUGAUAGGUAUUUUGUUAUUACCAAUGUAUGCAUUUAAUGUGUUUUGCUUGAGUAACUAACUAAAAAGUUGAAUGUAAUGUAUGAUUAUAAUAUUUUACUAUUUAGCAAUUUGAAAUCUUACGUCGUGGACUAUAGCUAUCUUUGACAAAUAUACCUGACAGAUGUCAAUGUAUUAAUAUUACCAUCUAUUCCCAUAGCCUAAAGUUGUUAGUACUAUCUUAUGAAACUAUUUUGAUAUAGUAGAGCUGCAUGUUUAUUUUGGUGAAGUAAAAUCUCAUUACCAAUGUACUCAUUUGGUUAUCUGGGGUUUCUUUGUUCUUGGGGGCUGGUUUCUUCAAACAAGGAUGAAAUGGUUUUCUGGAUUGUCUGUGAUGUGAUUUCAAACAUGUAAUGUGUACAUCAGCAUGUUUUGUACCCACUUGACCUUUCUGAGAAACAACCAGAUAUUUAACUACACUACACAACUAUUGUAGGGCACAAAUUUAAAAAGGACUAUGAACAUAUCAGGUACAACCUUUAUUCGAAACGUUUGCACAUUUUUGUUUUGUUAGUUAAAAUUGUGCAGGUUUAAAUUUCAGUAAAGAAUGUAAAAUGAUUGGUUAUUAAAAAUGGUAGGUUUUGAAUGUGCUGUUUUUUGUAUGUUGUCAUUGUUAGAAGCUACAUGUCUGUCACGGGUCUUUAACAGAAUACUUCAGUAACAAUAAAUAUCUAUUGAACGGCCUUUUAAAUCCUCACUUGUGCAAUGUCAAAAUUAUUGACCACUAUCUCACCUGUUUUAAAUGAAGCUUUGCCGCUGGAGAUUGUAAUUUCUAAUGUUAGCUGAAUUAAUCAUUCGCGAGCCAAACAUUCCCUAGCCAAACAGUUGUGGCUGUGUAUGCAUCUGUUCAGGAUUGGACUUUUAUAGGUAAAGUCACUUAAAAUGGCCAACAGUUUUUUGUUCCGAUUUUUACAUUAAAUAUGAUUGUGGCAGUUUGGUCUCAAUCAGAUUAUACCCGGUUAGCUGUCAUUUUUAAUUUGUGGUGCCUCAAGAGAGCUAUAUGAUAUUUUUGUGGUUUGGAGGAGGGCAGCAGAGUGGAAUUGUGGCAAAAAGUUCAGGAAUAGCUUCAGUUUUGUCAUUUUUGCUUCUGUGUUGGCCCUACGGUGCUGUAGUCUAGACACUAUUUUAAAUGUGUGCCCUAUGGUACCGUGUGAAUUUUAAUCAUGGAUGGAUGGGUAUAUGCAUUCAUCAAUGCAUAUGAAUGUGUGAUAAAGAGGCUUCUUGUUGUGGGGAAAGUACUAGUUUCUGAAUCGCUUUAAGUAUUGUCAUCCCGAUUUUUAGAUAGCUUGCUUAAACCAUAUGGGAGCAUCUUAACAACGGAUGGUCCCCUGAAGAACCUCUGUUCACAAUGAGAUGUUCUGUUUCUUCAGAUGCUUCUUUAGUUGUUUUGUGACCAAAAUCUGUUCUUGGGAGAUGCGAGAGUGUUCAAGAGAAAAGAGAGGCAGGGAAUUAUAAUUGAGGAUUAUCAUGUUAUUGAUGUUAUUAAUGCUUUGUCUACAUGCCCAUGGGAAAAUGACAGGAUUGGUCAAGGAAGACUGCUUUAAAAGAUUUGUAUCAUGCCCUUCAGUAAAAAUCUAACCCAUUCAGUGAUUAAUUUUUUUAAUGCAUGUUAUUACUGAUGUACAGCUGCCAUUUAUAUCUUGCAGAUAAUGUUUCUCGAUCUUAAAGCUCUGCAGAAUUUAAACCUGCUGCAUAAAUGAGUCAAGAUUGAUGAUGUAAAAAUACGGUUUCUUUGGAAACUUUGAUCCCAUGUGAGGAUUCAAAUGCUAAGGCUAAAAUUGGAAUUGUUAUGAAUGAAAUUUCACAUCUUGUGCAAAAAUGUUAAUUUGUUUAGACCUGAACAUUUUGCAUUACUCCUACUAAUUUGUACAGUCUUUCCAUGUUGUGUUCUUAAUGAACCAAGACCUCAUUCUAAUUGUAUUCCCCAUCCAGUCCUUGAGUGAAUUAUCUAACCGGCAAUCCAUCAGAGGAUCAAAUACUUAUCACAUGAAGUGAUCUUCCGUGGACCAGGAUCUGGACAAAUUCAUGUUACCCAACUUGGCUUGAUUUGUGAUUUGUAAGUGAUCUGCUUAGUUGAAGCUCUGACUAUAUGAUGUGAGCCAUUCUGUCUUGAAGGAUAUAUUCUAUUUAAGACCAUGUAGCAAGGUAAAACACUCCAAAUGGAACCUAAUGCACUGUGCUUUUAUCUUUAUUUUUGAAUGUACCAUAAGUUACCAUUUCAAUAUAGAACAAUGCAUUAUUUUUCCUUGUUGAAAAUAUUUGUAAAUUUAUUUUCUUUCAUAUUUUCAGUGACUUUUCUGUUCGUAACAUUUGAAAUUGAAUUGGUCAUUAAGCUUUAAAUGUGAUCGUCAGACCUACAAAGUUUGUCAGUGUUGAACUCUUGAUGUUGUACCGUUAAUAAUCUGACUAUAAAAUUACCACUUCUGUUAACUAUAAAGCUAUUCAAGGCUUUAUUUUAUUGUGGCCAAUGAAUGUAGUGGACUGACUAUUUAAAAAUUGUAACAAACACUACCAUAUUUAAAUAAAUGUUUUAUGGCAUUCGUAAA